AUGUACCGGGCCCGGGCGGCGCGGGCGGGGCCGGAGCCCGGCAGCCCGGGGCGCUUUGGGAUCCUCAGCACCGGGCAGCUCCGGGACCUGCUUCAGGAUGAACCCAAGCUGGACCGGAUCGUGCGGCUUAGCAGGAAGUUCCAGGGCCUGCAGCUGGAGCGUGAAGCUUGCCUGGCCUCCAACUACGCGCUGGCCAAGGAGAACCUGGCCCUACGACCUCGCUUGGAGAUGGGCCGGGCUGCCCUGGCCAUCAAGUACCAGGAGCUGCGGGAGGUGGCUGAGAACUGCGCCGACAAACUGCAGCGACUAGAGGAGAGCAUGCACCGCUGGAGUCCCCACUGCGCCCUGGGCUGGUUGCAGGCCGAACUAGAGGAGGCGGAGCAGGACGCUGAGGAGCAGAUGGAGCAGCUGCUACUCGGGGAGCAAAGCCUGGAGGCCUUCCUUCCCGCCUUCCAGCGUGGCCGUGCCCUGGCCCACCUGCGUCGGACCCAGGCGGAGAAGCUGCAGGAGCUGCUGCGGCGCAGGGAGCGCUCUGGCGCCGGCCAACCAGCCCCCUCUGCGCCCUCGGAGCCUCCCAAGGCCUUUCCCGCGGCUGCGGCUGUGCUCCCCACAGGGGCCGCCCGGGGACCGCCGCCAGCAGCUGCGGCUGUGCCCCGGAGCCUGCCCCCUUUGGACUCCCGCCCAGUGCCCCCGCUGAAGGCCUCCCCCGGGUGCCCCCUCGGCCCCGCUCCUCUGCUGAGCCCCCGGCCCUCGCAGCCCGAGCCCCCCCACCGGUAG